AUGACUACAGCGACAAUCGAUUCAUUAGUUUGGGUUGAUAAUCAACCAAUAUCAGUUGGAGUAUUACCAUCAUCAUUACAAUCAUUGAGGUUUGGUGGUAGAUAUAAUCAACCUCUAUCAGUUGGUGUAUUACCAUCAUCAUUACAAUCAUUGGUGUUUGGUAAAGAAUAUAAUCAACCAAUACCAGUUGGAGUAUUACCAACAUCAUUACAAUCGUUGGUGUUUGGUAGAGACUAUAAUCAAGCACUAUCAGUUGGAGUAUUACCAUCAUCAUUACAAUCAUUGGAGUUUGGUUGGGACUAUGAUCAACCUCUAUCAGUUGGAGUAUUACCAACAUCAUUACAAUCAUUGGUGUUUGGUUAUUACUAUGAUCAACCACUAUCAGUUGGAGUAUUACCAUCAUCAUUACAAUCAUUGGAGUUUGGUUGGUACUAUAAUCAACCACUAUCAGUUGGAGUAUUACCAUCAUCAUUACAAUCAUUGGUGUUUGGUUAUUACUAUGAUCAACCACUAUCAGUUGGAGUAUUACCAUCAUCAUUACAAUCAUUGGAGUUUGGUAAUAUAUUUAAUCAACCACUAUCAGUUGGAGUAUUACCAUCAUCAUUACAAUCAUUGGAGUUUGGUUGGUACUAUAAUCAACCACUAUCAGUUGGAGUAUUACCAUCAUCAUUACAAUCAUUGGUGUUUGGUUAUUACUAUAAUCAACCACUAUCAGUUGGAGUAUUACCAUCAUCAUUACAAUCAUUGGUGUUUGGUUAUUACUAUGAUCAACCACUAUCAGUUGGAGUAUUACCAUCAUCAUUACAAUCAUUGGUGUUUGGUUGGUACUAUAAUCAACGACUAUCAGUUGGAGUAUUACCAUCAUCAUUACAAUCAUUGAGGUUUGGUGGUAGAUAUAAUCAACCUCUAUCAGUUGGAGUAUUACCAACAUCAUUACAAUCAUUGGUGUUUGGUAAUAUAUUUAAUCAACCACUAUCAGUUGGAGUAUUACCAUCAUCAUUACAAUCAUUGGUGUUUGGUUGGUACUAUAAUCAACGACUAUCAGUUGGAGUAUUACCAUCAUCAUUACAAUCAUUGGUGUUUGGUAGAGACUAUAAUCAACCUCUAUCAGUUGGAGUAUUACCAUCAUCAUUACAAUCAUUGGAGUUUGGUUAUUACUAUGAUCAACCACUAUCAGUUGGAGUAUUACCAUCAUCAUUACAAUCAUUGGUGUUUGGUAAUGAAUAUAAUCAAGCAAUAUCAGUUGGAGUAUUACCUCCAUCAUUACAAUCAUUGGUGUUUGGUGAUGAAUAUAAUCAACCUCUAUCAGUUGGUGUAUUACCAUCAUCAUUACAAUCAUUGGUGUUUGGUUAUUACUAUGAUCAACCACUAUCAGUUGGAGUAUUACCAUCAUCAUUACAAUCAUUGGGGUUUGGUAAUGAAUAUAAUCAAGCAAUAUCAGUUGGAGUAUUACCAACAUCAUUACAAUCAUUGGUGUUUGGUCGGAACUUAGCAGAUUCAGCAAUCAGAUAUAUAUGCUCAUUCGAUCAAUCAAUAGGGAUCAGCAAAGGAUUUGUCAAGUACCCAUCAAUCGGAGUGAUCAAACUUCCGUUUAAUCACAAUAAGACCCUCAUUUUCGCACAUCAAAGCAUCGACGCUCCAACACCAUUUGAAUCUAUAGACUGCCAUCCCCAUUUAUUCAGGCCUCCACCAAUUGUUGAAGGUGAUGAUCCACACAAUGGCACCAACAUCGAUGAUGAUUCCAAACAACAAAAGAGUACAUCACUCAACACAAAUCCCAACUCUAUCAAUUAUUCUACCAAAUAUUUAAUGACAUACCCAAUCGAUCAAUCUUCUUUUGUAACAGUCAACUCCAACAAAUAUUUUAAACUACACUCCUUUCCAUAUUCAGCCAACAAAGUAUUUUUGGUGAUGUCUGAAUCAUACAACGAACUGCUAGUUUAUAAAGAAAUAGAUUACUCUCUCAAUCAAUCGAUCUAUGACAAAAUACAAUUUGAAAUCACAACAAUGAAACUAUUCAUCGGUGACGAAAUGUUUGUUCAAUAUAAAGAUCACCAAGAUGAUACCGAAUCAAAAAAGAUAUAUCUUUUGACACAUUAUUGUGAAGGUGGUGAUUUAGAACAAUUAUUUCAAUCAAUCUAUAAAUGGAAUGAAUCCCAAAAAGCAACUCUGUACCCAAAAUAUAAGUAUAUUCUCGAAUCAGAAAUAUGGCGAUAUAUUCGACGAUUAUUCCUCAUACUUGAAAAACUAUCUCAACACAAUCUUGCACAUCUUGAUAUCAAACCACUCAAUCUAUUUAUUGGAUCAGACGGUGAAAUAGUUCUUGGCGAUUUUGGUUGUUGUCAAUAUUUCAUUGAUCAACCAAUUCUAUCUCCGGAUAUUGGUAAAACCUGCGACACUCACCCAGAACGCAUGGAUGAUCAAACAAAAUCACAAGAUACAAAUAUUAUGAUGGCAAUAGCUACAACACUUGCUUCUCGUGGAACAAAUGGAUAUUACUCACCUGAAUCAAAACAUAAGAAAUAUUAUUCUUCAAAUGAUAUAUAUUCAGUUGGAUCAACUCUAUUUCAUUUACUUUCAUGUCAUCCAGUCGAUAUUGAAAAUAGAAAACAAUUUAUCUUGAACCACAAAAAAAACAACUUUGAUGCAGAUCAUAUUAAAAUAUCAACUGAUAGAUACACUGAACAUUUAAUUGAUUUUGUCAAGAAACUAUUAAUCGCAACACCUCAAAAUCGACUUUCAUUGGAUGAUUUAACAGGAGAAAUAGUCAACCAACACACACAAAGAAUCACAUCAUUUUUAAUCAAUCAACAACAAAUUCUAUCAAGCACAACAACAUUAAUAUUGGAUGGUGAAUUCAACAGUCCUCUCAAUGGGUUACUUCCACCAAUACUUUUAAAAUUAAAGUUAUUUGGAAAGUUUAAUCAACCAAUCAAAGAGGAUGAUAUUCCCUUUGGAGUUAAAACAUUAAUAUUUGGAUCAUCAUUUAAUUGUAAAAUCGAAUAUUUGCCUCGAUCGCUAAACAAACUAGUUCUUGGCAAAUCAUUCAACUGGCCAGUGCUAUCAAAAAUUCCAAACACCUGCAUACUCGACCUAACAAUAGAUAGUAGCUGUGUUAGUUCGGAAAUAAUUAGGGAUCUCGAAAGAAAAUAUCUAGAAGAACAAAAAAGUGUCAACACAUAUCACUUAUCUGGAAUACCCAAUAUUGCAGAUUCAUUUAUAAAUGAAAAUAUUAAAUACAAUUCAAUCUUAACGAUUGGUGAAAAUUGUUAUGGAAGUGGUAAAACCAAUAUAAAAAACAAAAUGGUAUCAUGGAAGAAUAAUGAUAUCGAAAUAUCAAUAGAUUUAACCGAUGUUGGAGUGAUAUCAAAUGUUCAAGCAUCAAUUCAUCCACAUUUAUAUUGUCAAAUCGAUAAACUCAAAUUCGAAGCAUUGAACAAACAGCUAGACUUUAAAGCGGCCAUUGAAUACCCACUUCCAAAUAUGGCUAAACUAUUUGAAUUGGAUGAAGACAACCUUCAUCAAGUAUAUCAAGAUGAUCAAUAUUUGAAUAUAAGAUUCAUUCCACUAAAACCAACAAUGCAGGAAUAA